GCCACCAACGGCGGCAACAACAGCAACAGCGCUCCAACUCGCCCCGGCUGCGCUCCGGAGCCGCGUCCCCUUCUGCGCUCCCUCGAGCGCUCCUCGCCCUUCGCAGCUUCCAACCGGGCGCCGCGCCUUCUCCUCCUGCCCGGGGGCGCCGCCGGCGGGAUGAUGGAAUUCCCGGCCAAAGUCAGCACCCGCACCAGCACCCCCGCCGGGGAGCCGGCUUUCCACGCGCCCUCCUUGGAUCUGGACUUCGUCAGGUCCCCUUUCGGGAUCCUGAUGGUGGUGGAAAUCGUGCUGGGCUGCUUGGUGUGGGGCCUGAUUGCCGACACGUACUACCAACCCUACCCGUCCUACGGCUGGGUGAUGUUUGUAGCUAUCUUCUUCUGGAUGGUGACAGUCAUUCUUUUUGUGAUGUAUCUGUUUCAGCUUCAGUUGAAAUUCUACAUGAUCCCUUGGCCUAUUGUGCUUGUGGUGGUAAAUGUCUCAGCUGCUGUCAUGUAUGCAACAGCCUUCAUAACCAGCGCUGCAUCGGUUGAACCAUACUCCUGGCCCCAUUCCCCAGACUACAACAGAAGGGCCUCAGCAUCGUUCUUUGCCUGCCUGGUGAUGAUCGGCUACGGGAUCAGUUCCUGCUUCAGCAUCCGAGCCUGGAGGGGUUAUGGGAGCAAUGCGGCCACCAACCAGAGCAUCUCCAAUCAUGCUUAAAGAACUGUGUCUCCUUUUGAAUCAGCGGGCAGGGGGAGGGCAAGCUGGUGGGCAAAGGUGGCAGCUUUCCCAGCUUAUCUCCCUUCUCUGCCACCUGUACAUGGCCUGGCCUGGAAACGAUGUCCCGUCCCAGCUUCAGUAGGGGCUCUUCCGAUCACAGGGCUCACCCCUCCUCUCCCGUGCUCUUCACCGGCAUCCUCGACAGAGUGGCUAAGGCCCGGAUGAGAUAGGCAGCCUCAUGCUGGUUUUCAUGAUUCCUGGUUUGUUCCCUAACUCCAGAGCUAAACCUUUCAAUGUGCCUAAAAUGCUACUUUCAGUGAUUAACGUUUAUAUGUAUUGAUAUGUAUGGGGGCAGGUGUAUACAGAUGUAUGCAGUGGUGGGAUUCAACCGGUGGAACAACUGGUUCACUGAGCAUGCGCUCCGCACACACACACGCAUGCAAUGGCUUUGAAAACAGCUCAAAAACUUACCUCCUACUGCAGCCCCGGUGAGUAAACCAGCGCCUAUCAACUGGGCUUCAAACAAAGGAAAUAUAGGUCAGUAUAGCGAACUGGUUCACUCUCAGCUACCGGUUCGCCCGGCUGAAUCCCACUCCUAUGGCAUGUCUUAUAUGUGUGUUAUGUAGGUGUACACUUUUGACAGCAGGCAAGAGAAAUUCAUUUUUAAUGCGUGCCACUGGGCCAUAGUUAAAAAUAAUGACAAUAAUGGUUAUCAACUUAUUUUCCCCUUGGCAAAGAUGAUGUUAGCUGAGCAUUGCAGCUGAGCACUUGUGUUAGCCGAGCAUCAUAGUGGAAUGGAAGGGCACAAGAGAGCCUUUAACGCAGAGGUCUUCAAACUUGGCAACGUUAAGACUUGUGGACUUCAACUCCCAGAAUUCCCCAGCCAGCUGGCUAGGCAAUUCUGGGAGUGAAAAAGUACACAAGUCUUAAAAUUGCCACAGCUGGGACAUCCAUGCGCUACAGUUUCUAGGAAUUAAAAUCUACAAGUCUUUAAGCAGAGCUGGCUGGAGAAUUCUGGGAGUUGAAGUCCACAAAUCUUAAAAGUUGCCAAGUUUGAAGACCUCUGGGCCAAUGUCUCUUGGCUAAACAAUUGGGAUUACGAGUAUUGAUUGGGAUCUUGUCAAGAGCAAGGCUGGAAAUAAUGCCGACUCUCAUUUAAAUGGGCAUUCCUCAGGCCUGUUAUUGGCAUGCCUUCAUUGGCCUCUUCAGGAGUAUCCAUGUGGAGUGGCUGUUUUAACUUAAGCUAGAGUGGCUGUUCUCACUGUAAUGCAGGGGUUUCCAACCUUGGCAAUGUUCAGACUUGUGGACUUCAACUUCCAGAAUUCCCCCGACCGCUGGGUAGGGAAUUCUGGGAGGGAAAAGUGCACAAGUCUUAAAAUUGCCACAGUUGGGACAUUCCUGCACUAGUUUCUAGGAAUUAAAAUCUACAAGUCUUUAACAUUGCCAAGGUUGGACAUCCCUGCAUUACAGUUUCUGGGAGUUGAAAUCCAUAGCUCUUCAACCCUUGCCUUACAGACUUCUGGGAGUUGAAGUCCACAGGUCUUAAAGUUGCCAAGGCUGGAUACUCCCCUGCUGUAAUGUUUGCAGAGGAGUGCAGCAAAGAUGUGCAGAGCAAUCCAGAGAUUGCAUGUCUCUAGGGAUGCCAAGCAUUUCUCACCGCAACUAAGCAGACUGAAACCCAUAGGCUCAUUGCUUGCAGCUAAGCGCCUGUAAAUAAUGUUUAACUAUUAAUUGUUUUGUUUCGUAGCACAGUUGCAGAAAUGGCCCUGGCGUAUACACCCAACAAAUGUUUUAUUUCUAAAAAUAAAAACACCUGUUUUAAAUACA